AAACCAAAAUGGCGGCCCUUGGUGGUAUAGCGGGAUCAGAGAAUAGACUUAUAUCCUUUUUUCAAAGGACAAAAGCACUUCUUGCAGAAGCGGAACAAUACAUUUCUAUAUUUCCAUCUAUUGAAAACAUAGAUGAAAUAGAAAUGUUACACGAAAGGCUGUCUGAGGCUGGAGAAACUGUUUUUAUUUUGAAAGAGAGGGCUGCCGAACUCACUAGCGCGGAUCGUGAUUUGGAAAUGGGAAACUUUUAUAGCAACAUGGAUCAGCUGUCCUUAUACUUGACAAGACUCCGAGUAUAUUUUGAGAAUAUAGCAGAUGAUUUAAGUGAAAGCACAUUGAAUGUGCCAGCUCACCAAUGCGAAAGGAACUACACAGGUACAAGAGGUCAGCCAAAAAUUAAAGUUUCUAAAAGGCAAAUACAAUUUCUUCGAGAGUUGCACUUUCCUUGGGUCAGAAUAGCGGAACUACUCGGAAUUUCCACAAAAACUCUAACUAGAAGACGACAAGAGUUUCAAAUUGAGGACGAGGGGGAAGUUAACUGGUCUUCACUUAGGAAUGGAGAACUAAGAGAAAUCAUGCAAGAAAUAAUGACUGUUACCCCUGGGAUUGGUCAAACCAGAAUGAUAGGUGCACUACAUAGCAGGGGAAUAAGAGUGCAGCGAUGGAAAGUCAGGGAACUUAUGCGUGAGUUGGAUCCAGUUGGAACAGCACUUCGGUGGAGAGGAACUAUUUGUCGAAGAAAGUACAAUGUACGAGGUCCAAAUGCACUGUGGCACAUCGAUGGGAACCAUAAGAUGAUACGCUGGCGGCUUGUGGUACAUACUGCUAUUGAUGGAUAUUCUAGGUUGAUACCAUAUCUGCACUGUGCAAACAACAACAGAUCCGAUACAGUACUUGCACUAUUUCAGAAUGCCUGCCAAAGUUAUGGAAUGCCUUCAAGGGUUAGGAGUGACCAUGGUCUCGAAAACAUGGGUGUAGCCCGAAUGAUGUUGGAGUGUCGGGGAGUCAACAGAGGGAGCAUGAUAACUGGAAGUUCAGUGCACAAUCAAAGAGUCGAACGGCUUCAUAGAGAUGUGACCAGUGGUGUUCUUAGAAGCUAUAUAGAUGAGUUCAACAUGAUGGAAAGAUCUGGUCUAUUAGACCCUAUCAAUGAAGUCCAUUUACUGUCACUUCACCUUGUAUUUCUGCAGGAAAUUAAGAAAUCUCUGGAUGAAUUUACCAGGCAGUGGAAUUACCAUGGCCUUUGCACAGAAGGUGGUUCAUCUCCUCUUCAGCUUUGGACUGAGGAUAUUCUAAGAUCUGCAAAUGGCAGGAACUCACCUCUGGAUGGUAUUUUAUGAGAGGAAGAAUUAGUUUGGUAUGGCGUAGAUGAAGAGGAUGCCAUUUCUGUUUCAGAAGAGGAUCAAGAGGUGAUUGUUCCCAGCAGUAACAUACCUUUGAGUGAAGAUUAG